AUGGCGCUCAGCUCCCGGGCUCACGCCUUCUCGGUGGAAGCCCUGGUGGGACGCUCGGCCAAGAGGAAGGUGCCGGAUGGUCGCGAAGAAGAGAUCGGAGCCGGCUGCAGGCAGAACCGCAGAGCACCGGAGCCGGACAAGCGGCCCAAGGCCGGUGCCGAGAGCCGGGAGGCGGGGGCCGGGGUGCAGGUGGAGCUGCAGGGCUCCGAGCUCUGGAGGAGGUUUCAUGAGAUCGGCACCGAGAUGAUCAUCACCAAGGCCGGCAGGAGGAUGUUCCCGUCGGUCAGGGUGAAGGUGAAGGGGCUGGAGCCGCUGAAGCAGUACUACAUCGCCAUCGACGUCGUCCCGGUGGACUCCAAAAGAUACAGGUACGUCUAUCACAGCUCGCAGUGGAUGGUGGCGGGGAACACGGACCACUCCUGCAUCACCCCGCGGCUCUACAUCCACCCCGACUCCCCCUGCUCGGGGGAGACCUGGAUGAGGCAAAUCAUCAGCUUCGACCGGGUGAAGCUCACCAACAACGAGAUGGACGACAAGGGACACAUCAUCCUGCAGUCCAUGCACAAGUACAAGCCCCGCGUCCACGUUAUCGCCCAGGACUCCCGCUUCGAUCUAGCGCAGAUCCAGUCGCUGCCGGCCGAGGGGGUGCAGACCUUCUCCUUCCAGGAGACCGAGUUCACCACCGUGACGGCCUACCAAAACCAGCAGAUCACGAAGCUGAAGAUCGACAGGAAUCCCUUCGCCAAAGGUUUUCGGGAUCCCGGGAGGAACAGGGGGGUCCUGGACGGGCUCCUAGAGACCUACCCGUGGCGGCCCCCCCUCGCCCUGGACUUCAAGGCUUUCGGCGCAGACAGCCAGGGUGGGAGCUCCAGUUCUUCGCCAGUGACCUCCAGCGGCGGGACGCCCUCUCCUCUCAACCCCCUGCUCUCUCCAUCGUGCUCACCUCCUACGUUUCACUUGUCGGCGAGCAACAUCGGCGUGUCGUGCCCCGAGACCUACCUACACAACCUCAGCGUGCCCCUCUACUACAAGAUUUGUCCUACGAGCUUCUUAAGACAACAGUCUCUCAUCUUUCCAAGCCACGAAAAACUGGGAGGCGCCAGCCCGCAUCUUUUACCCCACUUCAUGGUGGAUAUGCCAAAACUAUCUUCCGUCGGCAUAACCAACCUGAAAAACGCCAAAGCUGAAGACUUAAACGGGCAAUGUCUACAAGUACCCAAUCCUGCUAGUCAAAUGCUGUAUGGAUUACAUGCAUCUGGAAACAUUUUCCCAUCAAGUCCCAUUGCUCGGGAAGCACUUAAUUGUUCUUUACAUCCUCCAUAUGGCUUGUAUGGUUAUAACUUCUCUGUGCCAUCUAGACUGAUGAAUGCAGCAAGCCAUUUCAAAGUGAGUGACAGCAUUCCGGCUUCUUUGAGAGAUGGCAGAUGUAAUCACUCUAACUGGCACCCGACAAUUAACCAUUGCCUUUAG